AUGGACCUACAAACAAAGAACUUCCAUUGUAAUGAUAAUGCAAUGCAUGCGUCCGGUACGUCGAAGCUACAGAGGUUCAAAUGGAUUUUUCAAAGAGCCUAUUCACAAGAAACAUUUUCAAAAAUUACAACUCAUUAUACUGUUGUACCAAGAGAAACAGAUCCAAGGUGGAAAGAUGUAAAUAUGGAAAGAUAUGCAGAUGAAACUGAUAUUUUAAUUGUGGGAGGUGGUCCAGCUGGAUUGUCUGCUGCAAUUCAAGCACGUAAAUUAGCAGAAAAACAUGGAAAAGAACUUAAAGUUACAGUAAUUGAAAAGGCUUCUACUAUUGGUGGUCAUAUUCUUAGUGGGGCUUGUUUAGAUCCAAUUGCUUUAAAUGAAUUAUUUCCAAAUUGGAAAGAAUUAGGUGCACCAUUGAAUACUCCUGUCAAUAAAGACAAAUUUGCAUUUCUUACUGAAAAAGGCAGAAUACCAAUACCUAUUUUGAAAGGAAUGCCAAUGUACAAUCAUGGGAACUACAUAGUUAGAUUAGGACAUGUUGUCAGUUGGCUUGGGGAACAAGCUGAAGCUGCAGGAGUAGAAUUAUAUCCUGGAUAUGCUGCAGCAGAAGUGCUUUAUCAUGAAGAUGGAUCUAUUAAAGGAGUAGCUACAAAUGAUGUUGGUAUUGCUAAAGAUGGUUCACCAAAAGAUACUUUUGAGCGUGGAAUGGAACUGCAUGCAAAAUGUACCAUUUUUGCAGAAGGUUGUCAUGGUCACCUUACAAAACAGGUUUCAAAGAAACUGAAUCUUAGAAAAGAUUGUGAACCUCAGACUUAUGGUAUAGGAUUAAAAGAGGUUUGGGAAAUUGAUUCAAAGAAGCAUAGACCUGGUACUGUUGAACAUACUGUUGGUUGGCCAUUAACAAAAGAUACUUAUGGUGGUUCCUUUUUGUAUCACCUUAAUGAAGAUACACCUCUUAUUGCUAUUGGCUUUGUUGUUGGUUUAGAUUACUCUAAUCCUUAUUUACAUCCAUUUAAGGAAUUUCAGAAAUUUAAGCAACACUCAAGCAUUAAACCAAUACUUGAAAGAGGAAAGAGAAUUGCAUAUGGUGCAAGGGCUUUAGUAGAAGGAGGCUUUCAAUCUAUUCCUAAACUUCAGUUUCCUGGUGGUUGUCUUGUUGGUUGUACAGCAGGAUUCCUUAAUGUACCUAAAGUUAAAGGAACACAUAAUGCCAUGAAAAGUGGAAUGCUUGCAGCUGAAAGUAUAAUUGAGGCUAUAAUCGAUGCAGAAAGCAAUCCAUCAUCAACAAAAGGUUUAGAACCAAAAACAUAUACUGAAAAAAUAAGAAAUAGUUGGAUCUAUAAGGAAUUAAAAGCUGUGAGAAAUAUAAGGCCUAGUUUUCAUACGAGUUUGGGGAUAUAUGGUGGCUUAUUAUAUUCUGGAUUUUCAAUGUUAACUGGUGGAAGAGAACCAUGGACCUUAUCUCAUGGAGGUCCAGAUUAUAAGAGAUUGAAACCAGCAUCUGAAUGUACAGCAAUUGAAUAUCCAAAACCAGAUAAUGAAAUAUCUUUUGAUUUACUAUCUUCAGUGGCUCUUACUGGUACAAAUCAUGAAGCCGAUCAACCUCCUCAUCUUACUUUGGGUGAUGAUACUGUACCAGUAAAUAGAAAUUUAGCUAUGUUUGCUGGACCAGAGGGUCGAUUUUGUCCUGCUGGUGUAUACGAAUUUGUACCACUAGAGUCUGGAGAGGGUAAUAGACUGCAAAUCAAUGCUCAAAAUUGUAUUCAUUGUAAGACCUGUGAUAUCAAGGAUCCAAGUCAGAACAUCAACUGGGUUGUACCAGAAGGUUCAGGUGGUCCAGCAUAUAAUGGAAUGUAAAUGGAUUUUUGGAUAAUGAAUAC